AUGAAUUUCAACGUCUGGAAUAUCAAGGAGAUGCUCAGCACUCCCACAGCCUCUGGGCCAAACAAGCUCUUUGCCCGCAGCGGCGCGCUGAGCGACUACUCGAGUCUGAGCGACUCCCAGGUGCUCUUUGGCUCCCAGUUCUGCCCAGAGAACGCGCAGUCAGCAGCACCGCUGGAGCUGGGAAUGCAGCUGGGCCAGCACAACUCCCAGGACAGCGAGCCCAGUAUUUUUACCAAAUACCAAGCAAAACCACAGCUAUUCGAUGAAGAUACAAGAGAGAAAGGGUUGCUUAAUUUUGGUGCAGCACAAGGGAAGAGAGUCCUGGAAAACUUUAAAGCAAAUAACAACAAAAUAAAGGACAAAUACGAUCGAGAAGUGUUAAGCACCUUUAUUUCCAGCAUCAACAACAGGCUUCAAGGGCUGCAAGCAUGCUUGGACAACAUUGAAAAAGAGUUCAAUUCAAGAAACAAAUCAAUUUCUGUUCACCUGGAGUCCAUUUCCAAGACACUGCAAGAUGCUCUUCAAAGUCACAGUGACGUGGUGCUGAAAGCCCUGGAAGAUAAAAGCCAAAUGGAGCAGGCGCUGCUGGAGAUGGAGAGGAGACUGGCGGCUAAAGAUGUGGAUAUUUCGGAUGUGAAAUCCAGUGUCCUGCAGCUGAAGGAGGGUCUGGAGUCACUGCCAGCUCAGCUCAGCGACCACCACCUGAAGCUAUGUGAAGAAUUACGCUCCCUGAAGCUCCCCAGUGCCUUAGCUGAGCUGCAGACCUUCAUGACCAGUGCCAAAGUCCCCCCCAGGAUGGUGGAUAACUCCUCCCAGACCUCUCCUGGCACGUGCCAGGACCGUGCCCCACGCCAGCAGAAAGCACACUGGCCGUGCUGCCAUGGUACAGGGGGCUGCAGUUCCUUGGGUCUGUCUGCUGCGGGGAAGCAGCACAGAGUCAGCGGGGACGUGACACCUCGGGGUGGCCUCGAUGCACCUUCUGAAAGCAAAGUCAGCCCCGUUGCUACAGCUGCGUAUGGCGGGGAGGUGGAAUCUGCUUUGGUAGCACAGAGCUGCUCUCACCAUCCGUGUGCGUGCAGUGCUAACAGCCAGUUGCUGGGGGACGGUCGGAAAAAGCCCAUUCCCGUACUGCAGGAGAUAUCCCCAGUCACUCCUCUGAGGAAGGCAGUCCGCAGAGGUACCAGUGGAUUUAAACCCGUGACACCAUCACAGCAGAGGCAGCCUCAAGCGUGCCAUCUCUUUGUGCAAAGCAGCGUGUCUGGGCAGAGAGAUGGGAGCUCGUCCACGGACCAGGAGCUGGAGAACAUAGCCAUAGGGAACAAGGCAAAGCUGAAGCUGGGAAGGAUCCCCUGGAAUAAAGUAAUGGAGAGGAAGAAAACACACCCCGGCAAGAGAAAAGGGGAGCUCGCCAGGUGUGCUGAUGGUGGGCUGAAGCAAGUAAGAGCAAACAGGAUUAUCGGGUUGGGAAGCACAAGAAAAAAUUGCUUUCCCAGAUAUACAGUUGCUCUCAGUUUAGCAAGCUCUAACCCAAUUCCUGCAGCUCCCCAUCAACAGAAGCUCAGCAGUGCUCAGCCCAGGCUAACAAAGAGUUUCCUGCCAGUGUCGUGCUCCAAUAAAAGCAUGCUCCAACUUGCAGACCAAAGAAAGAGAAGUUUGGAAAACAGAAAAAGAGCCAUAGCUGCCAGUGUGAGAAGGGAUUUCUGGGAUUCCUCUCCCCAGGAGAGUCUGUUCUCCCUGUGCAGAACAGGUGAAAAACAGGCGAGCUGCUCCACAGGCUCCACCAACCCGUGUCCUGGCAACGUGCAGGGCACAGAAUGUUGCUCCUUAGUUUUUGAUAGUGAUUAUUCAGAUUGAGGGGUUUUGUUUUCAGAGCCUCCAGUGCAGACAUGGCUGUCUGUGUUGCUGUUUACUCCUCCUGUUCAGUCUCCUACAGCUGAUGCUGGGAGCUCCUGUUGGGACUGCUGAGAAGGGCCGAGUGUGAGCACAGCCCCUUGAAAACAGGCAGGGCUCCUGCCGGGCCCCAAGCAUGUCACUGCCUGCUCACAUCCAUCUUCAGGGACAGCUUAGGAUCUGAGGCUUGGGAAGCUGCGUGGGUCUGCAGUUUUACCCCCACCAGAAGUGCCCUGGGCUCUGCUUACUGUUGUGUUCAUGCAGCAGAGAAGUGCCUGCACUCCGCUGAGACUUUCAGCCCUACGCCUCUAAUAACACCUUUGUAGCUGGAGGCUUUCACUCCUCUCUUACUCGUAGUCUCUGUUUUGGUUUGCAUGUCUGCAAGUUCUGACUUUUGGCUCUCUAGAAAGUAGGGGUCUUUUUCUGACUGUUUUUGGUAAGGUUAAGAUUUGCCCCAAGAGCUGUUUCUGAGCUUUGGUGGAUAAGGGCUCGGCUGAGGAAAGCAAAGUCCCAGCAACCCGGUGCAUGGACUGCUGUGCUUCUUCUCCCUUGAGGCCGAACUUUGUUUCAGGAAAUUCAGGAUGUUGUUUAGUUUCUAUCACAGUAGCCUCAUGUCUCUCUUAUGAAUAAAGGACGUGUCCAUCUUAAACUUUUCAAGGAUGGCUUUGGACAGAAGCCCAAAGAAGCAAAGUCUAAAUUCAACACCUUCAGUAACUGAUGGAUAUUUCUCAUCUUUUAGAUGUAGUUCUUUGGCUCAGGGUCAUCCCAGCUGUGCAGAUGUUGAGUGAGAAGGGACCACCUCACCACCAGCCCGGGAUAAAUGGCAGCUCGAGCCCUCGGCAACCCCAGGAGCAAACAGAGCAGAUCUUGCUGGGUCACCAGCCGUGGAUCUGUUUCCACAGCUUCUAAUGUUUUUGCCCUUUUGAUCUUUGAUCUGAGCUGCUGCUGGUGGAAGAAGCGUUUCAAUAUUGACAGAGCAGUCUGUUGCCACAAGCCCACAUGGUGCAGCGCUCUCAUCCUGCAGGGGAGGGCUGGGAUCGUUUGCCUGGCUUUA